GUUACGGAAAAGAAGACGAAGAGAAGAUGAAGCGCUACACGGAGACCAUAUAAUUCGCACUCGUAGUGUGAUCAGGUCUAUACAUUUUUAAAGAGUGUUACCAUUAUAGGAUUGAUGGAUAAAUUUUUGAGUGAAACAUGGGUACCAGAGCAGCAACGUUCACCGCUAAGAUUCGAAAUCUAAAUGACUAUUAUCAGCGCACUGUUAAUAAUAUUGUGCCACUGCCGUCUGGGAUUGACAUUGCUAACACUCUGAAGUACUUCCAACAGACACUGCUCAGUGUUCUGAAAGAUGUGCCGAGUGUCAAAGCCGAUUCGGACACCAGCCACCACAGGGACAGCGUUCGGCUGUCGAUGUUUCCCAACCUCAACUACCAGGGUCUCUACCAUGCUAUAAUCAACAUCAUCGACGUUGUACCACUGCUGCAGUUUGGCCAGUACAGCUUGGGGCAGGCUAUCAUCCAGACGCUGGCAUGUCUCGUACAGUUCCUUGCGACGGAACUCAUCGAUGUCUUGCCGUACACCGUCGCGUCGAUGCUGGCUAUCUUCCCCAACACGCUGCACAAGGAGAUCACCGACCUUCUCUGCAACAACCUCCUGCCACUCACGCUGGGUGACUAUGAGACGGACGAGGCGGAUGAGGCUUCCUAUGCACGUCUGUCUACGUCGGCCGUCAUCAUGAUGGUCCUGCAGUACACUGACAACGGGGCAUAUCACUCACAUCUGCUGGAAUGCCUCAUGGCACUGAAGAGAGACGUAGCCAAGGAUCUACUCUGUGUGAUAGCAUAUGGCUCUGGUGGGCCCAGGGCUCCAGCCAUCAACCUGCUGUUUCACUAUUGGCCUACACUCUACUGCUCCAUGAUAGAUCGCAAAGCCGUGCAGUACAAGUUUGUUGCAUGGAAACCGAUCACUUGUCAGAAAGAUAACUGCCUCAACACAGACAGAAACGAAGCUGUGAAGAUGUGCAUCGACCCGGCAUGUUCGAUCGAGCUCGGCGACCGGCCGCCGCCGCUCUACAUCUGCCAGGAGUGCAGCGAGAAGGUGCGCGCCGAGAACCCGGACUACCUCGCCGACAUCCUGCUGCCGAUGGACUACGUGUCGCUCAAGUGCGAGAACAAGAACUGCAUGUCGCUCGAGCGGACGGGCCACGCGACGUGCUUCUCGUUCGAGUGCGCUGGCUACAACCGCAACCGCCCGAUCCGCUACUGCAGCGCGUGCCACGAGAUGCGCCACAGCGGCGGGGAGGCCAGCGGGGAGGGCGGUGACGAAGACGACGCAGGAGGAGGAGGGGGAGGAGGGGAGCAGGGCAAACGGCACGUGUUCCACGCGACGCUGCCGUCACUCGUCGACUGUGGAGAGGAGCUGGCGCUCUACCUGGUGGAGACAAUCGUCAGCCUUAUGAAGGAAGCGCAGGUGGAGGUGAGGCAUCGCCUGGACAUGCUCGGAGAAGAUCGCGAGAAGCAGCGGCCGUCGAUGCCGCAGGACGCCGACGACUCAGCCGAGGGCGAGAAGUCUGAGGAGAGGCGUCUGCUGAGCCGCUACGGCAUCUGGCUCGUCGUGCAGCUGUGCGCGCCCAGCGACAGCAUCCCGCCGGAGACACUUGGCAGACUUCUUGCUGUGAUCUUCCAGUGGUAUGAAGCCACUGCAUAUCUUCCAGAUGAUAACAUUGGUACUGCUUUGGAGAGCUUGAAGACAGAGUACAUAUUUAAAUGGGUGACGGCUGUGCGCAAGGUUCACUUCAACGUCUUCGUCUCGUGCUUGUUGCCGGAUCCGCCGGAAUAUGCGCGUGUGGGAGGACACUGGGACACACUGGCUACUGCAACUACUAGAAUCAAAGAUGGCCUCAAUAGGCUUUUUUGCCUCAUCCCCUAUGACAUCAUCAGUUUUGAGGUGUGGGAUUACAUCAUGCCGUACUGGCUGGAAGGCUUACAGACUAUUAUUCCAGAAGACGAACUGCCUGAGCUGAAAGUGCUCCUGUGCAAAACCUUUGACUUGGAACUAUGUCCUCUGCCAUUCUCAGUGGAAAAGAUGUACAACUUUGUGUCUGUGCGUUUCAAGAACUGCCCCUCCCCCGUACAGGAGCAAGCACUGGAGUGGUUGCAG